CUAUCUAGUAUACGCGUUGAGAACUAGCGCACCCGGGUACUAGAUAAUCCUCAGAAUGAAGCUAGCGUUCUCUGUUCUUACGAUGGGUGUCUUGGUUCAGCAUGUGUCUGCACUUUAUGGUGGAAGCAUCAGUGCCUAUAUUACCAAAGGGUCUCCCGGUCAUAUAAAGGUCAAAGCUUUCUUUCUUAAUGGAUGGAGGACAGGAAAAGGUCCAUGUCGGAUGUGCACAACUCUAGAUGUGGGAUCGAAUAUAACGGACAUUAAAAAACAAGUCAUAAACAAUAGCAGCAAUCCUGCAAUAUUUGGAAAAUGGACAAUAGAAAUGCAAUAUGCUCAUUAUCAGCGAGUGGAUCUUGAUAAAAAUAAUGUGAUAAGGCGCACUGAAAAAGAUGUCAUGCUCGCUGUAAGCGAAAAAGAGGAAUGGGAAUUAGAUGGAACUGAGUUCUCAUUUGAAAUAUCAACAACGCAGUAUACAGAUAUAAGAUACGUGGAUAUUAUGUUUUCUGACACGAUUGAUACCAGUCUGACAUUACUGCCAGAGAUAUCUACAAUUCAUCUUCAAGUUAAAUCGUACCCUCAAGUAAGAAGUGACACAGGCAAAGCCAACAGAAGUCCUAGGGUUCUAGUGAAACCUUUGUACAGUUUAGAGCGAGGAAAGAAUUACAAAAUCCACAUCGAAUCAGUUGAUGAAGAUGGUGAUUUAGUUCUGUGUAGAGAAUCAAGGUUUGUCGAGGCAUUCGAGAUUGGACCAUUUAUGUCAACGUUAAUGAAAAGGGGUUUCCUCUUUGUUGAUCGAAGGAAAUGUGUUGUGAAUAUCACAGUCGAUCCAAGCUAUUUUCAUGAAGGGGAUACAUUUCCUGUUGCAAUAACAUUAGAAGAUUACAACAGGCAUCCUAUUUUGCUUCACACAAUGAGUUCAGGGAAAGACAGCCUUCAGAAUUCAUACGGUUACUCAUUGUCAGGAGUUGUUGUAAAGAUGAUUAUCAACAUUACUGGAAGAACGGAUCCUCCAGAAUUCAUACCACCCACUCCAUCACAUGGAUACACUGUUUAUUGUGGAGGUGAUGUACAAAUCAAGGUCUACGCCAAAGCUGCACCUGGAAGGAAUAUAGUAAGAUUUGACUUUCUACGACAUAACUGGAGAUACGUAAAUCAUACAGGAAUAAAUGACGCCUCCCACAUCAGUGCUAACGCUGUGUCAACAACAAUCACAUGGUCACCGUCAGACGAUGACAUUGGCUAUCAUAUCAUUUGUGUAAAUGCUGAAGAUGAUCAAGGGAGAAACACCGUGAAUUUGGUGUGCUUCCGGAUAGAAGUUAAAGAAAACAUAUUACGUCAAGAAUCAGCAAUGUCUGGGAAACCAUACUUUCUGUACCCUACUGAUUUGACAUGUACAAAAGACACAUCAUGUAUAUUUCCUGUUUCUAUAUCCUCUUUAAACAGCAAAGGAGUCGUCAGUGUCGCUAUAACAUCGGAGACAGUGGAAAAUGUCACCAUUCAGUACAGGAGGGAACUCAUUAAUGACAUAAUGCAAAUCACGGCUGCUCGAGUAGAAUUUCUUGCAAGCCAAGUUGGUCGCAGAAAGAUAUGUUUAAAUGCAUCAGACAGCAUGUCCUCCUCUGACUUGUGCCUCUUCAUUACAGUUCCUUUCCAAGAUCCUUGUAGUGUUUCUCCUUGCAAAUCGGGUUUCUGUCAAGCAUAUGAUGAUAAUACUGGAUUUCGUUGUCGUUGUCGGCCUGGUUACACUGGGAACUUAUGUGAAAUAAACAAAAAAAAGACCAGCCCUUGUAGCAGCAACCCGUGUUACGGAGGAGCAAACUGUAUAGGUGUUCCGUCUCCUCCAUAUUAUAUUUGUUUUUACAUUGACAAAUGUGGUAAACAUAGCUGUGCAAGGAACGAAAUGUGUUAUCAGGGGAUACCUCAAAAUUAUACUUGCAGUGCAAUAAGUAUUCUAAAGAUCUCUUGA